ACACCCAAAGCUUUCUCUGAUAUCAUCACCAGGGAUUUAUACUUUGAUUCAUUGUUCACAUUUUGGAUUUCCUGCAAUUACUGUUGCUUUUUGGGAUAAUUCCUUUUUGCGCUUGAUUCUUCAAGGAUGAAAAAGGCUAUUCAAUUAUAUACGCCUUUUUCUCCUUUUCCUCCACCACCGACUCAUGAUGUGGUGCCACCCUGACCCUGUCUCUUUAUAUAUAGCCACCCAGAGUACGAUAAUAGUACUUCUACUUUCGGAAUUCUCAUCUCGCUGUUAAAAGCCUUAUACUUUUUAGUUCUUUCUGAGUCGAUUCAGGUUGCCAUGGGAUCCAACCCCAGGACCCUCCAAGCCAUUGUGGGUGCGCCUGGGGUGAGAGGAAAGAAGGUCGCCGCUCUGUCGAAAGAUGGUUUGACUGCUUUCAUUCAGUCAAUCAUUUCCACCAAACACGAAAUGAAAGAGCCCUUUUACGUGCUGGAUUUGGGUGUUGUCAUGGCUCUGUUCGACAAGUGGGCCCGUAACCUUCCCAUGGCUCAACCUUUCUACGCCGUUAAGUGUAACCCCAACCCAGCUUUGCUCGGGGCAUUGGCUACCCUGGGCUCAGGCUUCGACUGCGCAAGUAAGGCCGAGAUUGAAUCCGUUUUGUCUCUUGGUGUUUCACCUGGCAGAAUCAUUUUUGCUAAUCCAUGCAAAGCAGAGUCCCACAUCAAGUAUGCUGCAACAGUCGGUGUUAACCUCACAACUUUCGACUCCAAAGAGGAACUUGAGAAGAUUAAGAAGUGGCAUCCUAAAUGUGCCUUAUUGAUCCGAGUCAAAGCCCCUGAUGAUGGCGGCGCAAGAUGCCCUUUAGGUCCCAAGUACGGUGCACUUCCGGAGGAAGUCACCCCUCUUCUCCAAGCAGCUCAAACUGCACGGCUCACCGUUACAGGGGUCUCGUUCCACAUUGGCAGUGGAGCCAUGCAGUUUCGAGCCUAUCGAGAAGCCAUAGCAGCGGCUAAAACUGUGUUUGAAACGGCUGCUAGACUUGGCAUGCCCAAAAUGCAUGUGCUAAACAUCGGUGGAGGGUUCACAGCCGGCCCACAAUUCGCUGAAGCAGCGUCAACGGUGAAAGCCGCUCUCCAAGAGUAUUUCCCAAACGAGCCAAGCUUAACAGUAAUUGCCGAGCCUGGUCGUUUUUUCGCUGAGUCAGCUUUCACCCUAGCCACCAACAUUAUAGGAAAGCGCGUUAGGGGUGAUUUAAGAGAGUAUUGGAUCAACGAUGGGAUCUACGGCUCAAUGAACUGUAUUCUCUAUGACCAUGCGGUAGUCACCUGCAUGCCUCUCGCAAGGGCAUCCACUCCCAGGUGCAAAGGAGCUAGAACCUACGAUUCCACCGUGUUUGGACCCACGUGCGAUGCGCUUGACACGGUCUUGAAAGGUUGUCCGCUGCCAGAACUGCAGGUGAACGAUUGGCUGCUGUUUCCCAACAUGGGCGCUUACACGGCGGCUGCUGGGUCCAAUUUCAAUGGGUUCAACACGUCAGCCAUCCUGACUUACCUUGCGUAUUCCAACCCAAACUAAGUGAGGCCCACGGCGAACUGGACUGCAUGGUUUCGAGUUUGACAUGCCAUGGAUGCCUCAUCAUUACGUCUGCGAUUGUUGUGACUUGUGAAUUAUUUUAUAUCGUCAUAUUCGUUUCUGCUUGAAAUUUGUAUCUUCUCUAUUGGAAUAUGAUUCUGCAACUAAAAAUUUAGAUACUUAAUGCU